CUCUCUUUCUGCGAGUGGCUUCAAAGAGUCUCCGUUCAGAGCACAUAUCAACAGCUAAAGGCAUUAAGAGUCACCAUUCUCAACAGAUCAAGAGAACUCCGCAUCUCUCAGAACCACUAAGACAGGAAGCAGUCUGCUAGAGCCAAGAGGAAAGAUUACACAUGCCAGACGAUGCUGAUUGUAGUGCAUUUCUAACAAAUUAAGUGUUUGAAGUUGCUUGCCAAAGAGACGCCUGGAAGACAGAAUUUCAGAAACUAUUUUUAACUAUUUAAAAAAAACUAUUUAAAAAAACACCUUAUAAAGUAGCCAACAGGAAGCAAAUAGUUACAGAAAAUACUGGAUUAAUUUGUAGUGCUGAGCUUGUCAGGUUUAGGAAGAGUAAAAGCGAAAUGGAAUUACCGACGUUGGACGGGAUAUCCACAGCGGUCAUAGAGUGCAUGGUGAUACAAAGCAACUUCUCUUCUAAUUACACAACGAAUUUGACUUUGUAUUACAACACCACCACCUGUGGAAACGGCUCUGUGACAAGGACAAUAACACCUCAACGUCCUAAAGAUUUGGAUUACUCUGUGAGAAUUCUGCUAUACUCACUGAUUUUCCUGCUCAGUGUCUUUGGAAACGCAUUGAUUAUCAUCGUUCUGAUCUUGAACAAACGAUUGAGAACUGUCACCAACUCCUUCCUGCUCUCACUGGCCCUAAGUGACCUGAUGGUGGCCCUUUUUUGCAUGCCAUUCACCCUCAUCCCCAACCUGAUCGGGGACUUCAUCUUUGGGGAAGCCAUGUGCAAAACUGUGGCCUACUUCAUGGGAAUCUCAGUAAGUGUGUCUACCUUCAGCCUGGUGGCUAUAGCCAUUGAGCGUUACAGUGCUAUCUGUAACCCACUCAAGUCUCGGGCAUGGCAGACCCGUUCUCAUGCCUACCGUGUCAUUGCCUCCACCUGGAUCCUGUCUCUGAUCAUCAUGAUCCCAUACCCUGUCUUCAGCACCCUGAUAGCAUUCCCCAAGGCCAACAACUCCACUGGACACAACUGCCGUCUCAUGUGGCCCAAGGAUCAGGUGCAGCAGGCCUGGUACCUGAUGCUGCUUUUUACUCUGUUCUUUAUCCCUGGUAUUGUGAUGAUAAUUGCCUAUGGACUAAUUUCCCGGGAACUGUAUAGAGGAAUCCAGUUUGAACUGGGCCAGAAAAAAGAAAUCACUGCCCACAAAAAUGGCCUCAAUGUAAUGGGCAAUCCGGCAACCAGCAGUGACGAGGGAGAUGGGUGCUACAUUCAAGUGACGAAGUGUCAGAACAUGGUGGAAAUGUCCACUCUGAACCCUAGUGGUGGAACCAAGAUGGACAGAGCUCGUAGCAACACCUCCGAGGCCAAGCUCAUGGCCAAGAAGCGCGUGGUCCGCAUGCUCAUCGUCAUUGUUGCCAUGUUUUUCGUCUGCUGGAUGCCCAUCUACUCUGUCAACACCUGGCGGGCCUUCGACCACCACACUGCACACAAGGUCCUCUCUGGGGCUCCUAUUUCUUUCAUCCACCUGAUAUCUUAUACAUCUGCCUGUGUCAACCCCAUAAUCUACUGCUUCAUGAACAAGCGUUUCCGCAAAACAUUUCUAGCUACGUUUGCCUGCUGCUGGAGACCUUGCUGCCACUUUCAAGAGACAAAAGAUGAGGUCGCCGGUACCGUGGCCUCGCUGUCUAAAUUCAGCUACACCACUGUCAGCACACUGGGUCCCUCAUAACCAGCCCCUGUGAGCUGAGAGACAGGGAAAACCAUACACAACGGUAUGAUACUGGACAAGACAUCCUUGGCUGUAUGACAUCCUUUUUUUUUUUUUCAUGAUCACCAUAUUCAUUUUUUUUUGUAUUGUUUUUUUGUAGUAGCUCAUCAUGGAAGCCAGAAGGGCAGGUGGAUUUGAAAAGUCAGAUAGCAAGUUUCCUUUGUUAACCCUUAGCGGUCCAUUUAUUCAGUGUGUCUCAGGCACGUCAGGUCCAAUUUAUUUUCACAUGCGCAGUUUAUUUUAGACGCGCUGUUUAAAAGUAUUUUUUUCACAGUUAAAACAGGUUUAAAAGGUACUGCAUAUCAACAGGACACUCAGUACUGCAUCUCCAUCCCCGCCCCACCCCUUGUUAGCUGUAUUUUUUCCAUACCUCUUCGUAGUCUUGAAUACUGAUAAAUCAUCUCCUGAUCACUCGUUUUAUCACCAAACUCCUCAAUAAUGCGAUCUAAGUCAUUAUUUUAUUACAAUAACAUCUCAAAAAGCUCUCAAAAAGACUAGGGACCUGUUUUUUACGUCUUUUUGAUGAUGUCGGACAGGGUCCGACAUUGGACCGGAAAGGGAAAAUUGUAAUUUCGGACCAGGUCCGACAUAGGACCGCAAAGGAUUAAGAAUACUUGCUGCAAUUUUUUCAGGACCCACAAACCUGCUGCUUCUGCUUUCACCAGUAUUAUCUGAUUUAUUUCACUUCUUACUUUUGGUUACAAACGGUACAGUUUUGUCCAGUAUAUCGUUAAGCUUGUUAUGUAGACAGAAGUCUGGGUUACUCCACUCAAUGAGAAUACUAUAACAAUUUUAAACAAUACAGCCAAACCUAUACAGUACUAGUAUCGUUUUCAAACAAAAGUUUUUUAAAAAUGCUGUUUGAGUAUUAUUUAAUGGCGUAUCUAAGAGUAGUAUACAGUAUCUAUUAAAGCAUUGUUCUUGAUAGAACUGUUCAUUCCUUUAUGACAUUGCACUUUGGUGCGAGUCAGUUCCAGAUAAUUAAAGGAUCAAUGCUUUGAUGUAAAGCAAUUAGGGAGUGUGCCAAAGGGAACAGACACUUUAAAUAAAACUCUUUUGUCUCAUUAAUCCUCACCAUAAAUUAAGAUUUGGUAAAAAAAAAAAAAAAAAAAAAAAAGAAAAAAAAGAAAAAGGUAUAACUAAAGGAAAUUGUAAAUUUCACAAAAAAAGACUAUAGUUGCAAAAAUUGCCACUGCUUUGGAAUUUACUAAUUCCAGUUAUCCACAUAGAAACGUAUUGAGAUUACUUACAGACGAUUUGAUCGAGAUUGAUUGUUCCCCUGAGGUCUGAUCUGAGAUCAUUUUACCUGAACUGCACAACAAUAACAUGUAAGAUUACUGUUCAAAAUCACACCACCCUGCAAUGUAAAAUAAGAAAAAUAAUAACAAUUUUAAACUACAGAUUAAUGAAACCUCUAACAUUCUAAAAGUGCAUUUCCCAAAAAAUGUAAAUAUUAAUAAAAAGAUAUUACAAACUUGUAAGAGUGGGAUACAUUUUACAGGAAACCGUAUAACUGAAAUGGGCAUUUAAAACCGUAUAACUGAAAUGGGCAUUUAAAACUGUUUGUAUAAACCAUGUGGGGUUGUAGAACUUAACUGGGAGUAAAUACAUUUCAUUAUGCAUGGAUCACUCGCUUGGGCUUGCAUGAAUACACAACAGUUUAACCCACUGAAUCAUCCAUAUUAAUAGAAUACUACUCGUUUAGUAUUAAAUUUGGCCAAAACAAUUUCAUCUAUUCAUUUGAAUACUUGCAAAAAUUGUAUAAAGUAGGGUUACAUUUAGAUGUGUUAUCAUCUUGCACUAAUUGCUGACUGAAAGAAAAUGUUGUUUUUCAUAUAUGUAACAUAUACCAACAUUUAUUGAUGAACAACAUUUGAAUUUAAAUAGCAUUUGUAUGGGCAAAAAGUUUUUAUUUUUAUAUAGAUUUUUUUGCUUUUGUAGUUUAAUUGUUAAUCAACAACUUCAUUUUUAAAAUGCAGUAUGUUUGGUACAGUACUCACAUGAUACCCCUACAUAGAGAGAAACAAUCUAAAGCACAAAUUAUCUUGUUAAGGAACCAGUGUAUACAGCCCAUUAACGUGUAAAGGUAUUGGUUUUACACUUCAAGCUGAACUGCACGAUAAGCGCGGUAUUCUGUGACGUGCAUCGAGGUGCCGCAAGUUUACCUCGCUACCAGGGACAAUAUCCAUGGAACCCACCGUAUAUAGCCUGGAACAAAGAAGAAUCAGGGUGGACAUGAGUGAAGUCUUCAAAAUCUUAUAUGGAGUUGACAUAGUUGACCCAAACCAAUACUUUAAGUGCAGUACAGAAACCAGGACCAGGGGGUGCAGUUGUAAAUUAAGUGGAGAUAAAGGACAGAGGGAAGGAGACACUUCUUCACAAAGAAAGUGGUGAUGGUAUGGAAUGGGCUACCUUGUCAUGUUGUUGAGGCAGAAACACUUAGUUCCUUGUCUGAAUGGCCUCUCAGUCGUAUAUGUGCUUAUUACUCAAUAGCCAGGGAGGUGCUAAUACAAUUGAACUAUAAAAACAUCAUCAAUAAGUGACAUUGACAAUAUAGCUAGGAACAAAGACUAUUAUAUAGUGAGAUGCAGUUGAUUUUGUCAGAACCUUGGAGAACGGAGAUGAUCCCCUGAUUAUCCAAUGUAAUCCAGGUUCAGUUAGCUUUGUUAAAUAUACAUAUAUACUGCACCUGUUUAAGUGAUAGAGAAGUCUGACUGUGCUAAGUAACCUGUAAGAGGUUUCAUUACCAGUAAAUGCAAUAUUCCUACGCAACAGAAAAUGACAACGGAAAUGACCUUGUGGCGGAGUGUCCCGCCCCUAUUUAUUAUUAUUUGUAUUUUUGUUUGCGGCGCGGGUAAAAGCGCCGCGUCUUUUAUUAUUAUUUAAAAACCCCGUGAGGAUGCAUGGCUGAUCAGCUACUGAUUAUUUAACUAGCUGACAGUCAUGCAUCCUUACCAAACGCGUGCAGACUCUGGCCGAGGGAUAAUAAGAUAAUUACCAACUAGUUAAUCCCUCGGCCAGAGUAUAUAAACCAGCAGCACUCUGCACUCGGGGUUGAGAGUGUAGAGGAGAGUACGGGAGAGCGGAGAGAGAAAAAGCAACAUUAACAAAACAAUUGCUAAGACGUGCUGGAUUUCCCAGCACAUCACUUACUUGUUUGUUUGUUCAUUCGUUUGGCCCUUGUGCCCUUUUGUUUUGUGUUGUGUUAAUUUGUUUAAUAUUUUGUUUAUUAAUAAAUACGCUUUAACCGCCCAACCAUUGUUUUGGUUUCUACUUCCUGGUCCGUGACGUCACCACUGCGAGCCAGACUGUCACAGACCUUUUUCUACAUAUUGCUAAUUACAAACUUGUCAUUGACAUAACACCAUCUAUGUAUUGUAGGCCUUUAUCAUCAGAGUUAUUAUCAGAGUUACAGACUGCAUUGUCAUAGAAAGCCUAUUGCUAGGUCUGUUGCUUUAGAAACUGGUAGGAAUUUGUCAUAUGAACAGUUCUGCUUAAAAUGAUCAGCUAUGAAAAUGUAUUUCUUGGAUUGCAUUGUAUACCAAGUAAACAGGGCAUCUCUACCCAAGGUCAUUCCAGAGCAUUCGCUGAAAUAAUUACAUUUGCCCUGUUGGGAGGCAUGCAUUGUAUCUUGUAAAACUAAUCACACUAUUCUUAUUUUCAAUGGCCGUUUGCUACAGAAAAACAGGACUUGAUGGAACAAUGACUAGGAACAGCUGCCAAUUCCCAGCCCAAGCCUGUUUCUAUAAGUAACAGGGUAAAUUGUACAGAUAAUGUUAUUACACAAUGAAUGCAAAGAACUUGACAUACAUUCUUUGUUGAAGAUGUGAAGUUCAGCAGUUAUGAAUCAAGACAAGUAGUUAAAAAAGAAAAUGAUUCUCAAUAGAAAGUAAUACAAAUUAAAAGUGAUGUUUUUGUCAGAAGUUUAUGUCUGAAAAUGCUAAAGGAAUUCAGUGACUUUAAAUGAAUCUUCCCUUUCUGAGUUUGCAUACUAUUGCAGUAGUUGUGGUUAGUAUUACGUGAACAUGACUACAGCGGCUUGUUAAGGCCAUCAAAGUGAUUUCCGUUUUCUCGAGAACCUGGGAUAAAUGAUCUCAUAAUCACGAGAUAACAGAAUGGUAAUAUCGAGAUCCUGAGGCAAAUUAUCUUGUGAUCUCGACAUAAUGAAGAUUUUUUUUAUAUGAUGGCCUCAAUGAGCCGCCUUACAUGACAGUAUCUGAACUUCUGUUUUAGAGUGAAUUAUUACAGUAUUUAUGUUGUAGUCAAUGUCAAUGUGUGGCAUUGGUAUGCAUAUCUGUUUUUUCUGUGAACAGCUCCAGUUUUAUUUGUACUCAGUGAAGUUUACGUAUGGUGCACUGCUGCCUUUUUAUGCCAAAUGCUAUCUGUGUAGAUGUGUAUAAUAACUGUAUUAAGGUAUUUAUUAUAAGUUUGUACAAUGUUGUAGCAUGGUUCAGUUUCCACAUUAGUGCAUUUUAAUUAUAUUUAAGCCUUGCAAAUAACGUAAGCACCCUUUUUCAGCAAAGCUUUUUAAGCACUUUAAACCUUGAUUUGUGUAGCUGUAUGGUACCUGAAUAAGGAACAUUUUCUAUUAUAAAGGAUGAUUAGAAAGUAAGUUUACCACAUCAAUGAUAUGAUGAGUUGAUGUGGUAAACCUACUUUCUAAUCACCCUGUAUAUUGUUUGAGAUACUUGAGUAAAUUCCCCAUCCACAUACCUAGCCUCCAGAAGGUUAGCUACAGCUUCAGUUAAUACAAAUAUGAUACAAAUACAUACAGUAUAUGGCUGAAUCCAGUGUACUGAGACAAGAGAUUCUGAAAUAUCGCGCAAUCAAUACAGCCUUUGCUUAAGACUCUUGAGAUCUAUAGCCAGUCUGAAUCAGGGCUAUUUUAUUAGGAUGUAGGUGGGGCAUUUGCAGCAUGUUUCUCAUGGAUUGAUCUGUGGAAUGGAUAAACUUUUGCCUUGGUUUAUAUACAGUACCUUUCCUUUUUUAAAUCUUUGUAAUGUUUGUUUACAGCGUGUUACUGCUUUUAGAAGUACAUAUUAUGUUCGACAAGAUGUUUAAUCUUACAUGUACAAUGUUGUAAGACUGGUGCAAAAUAAAUGUAUCUCUUUCAUUCUGUGGCUUCAUUGGGAUGUGUGUGAAGAUCAACAGAAAAACAAACUCUGAAGAAAGGGG